UCAGGGUGCAACCACCGAGAGCCGUCCAGAGUGGGCGGUGGAGUGUCUGUCGACAUGGAGAGCAAUCGCGAUGAUGCUCUGCAAGCAAUCAUUGUCGCUAAGAAGGCCCUUGCGGAAGGCAACAUAGACAAAGCGAAGAAAUUCUUGAAUAAAUCAUUGAGGAUAUGUCCGACAGAUCAGGCUAAAGAGUUACUGGACUCAAUAGAAUCCGGAGCUUCCGGAAGCUCACGGAGUGCGCCAGGGUCUCCGAAGAAGCAAAAUGGAGACGUCCGGAACCGGAAACGAGUUCCGUCGCCCGACCGAACCCCCGAAUGCAGUCCCGAACAUUUGGAGGUUGUGAAAAGAAUAUCCAAAUGUAAAAACUAUUACGAAGUGCUCGAGGUCGAUAAGGAGAACUUUAACGAGAACGAGCUCAAAAAAAAGUACCGAAAACUCGCGCUUCUAGUCCAUCCUGACAAAAACCUCGCUCCGGGCGCAGCGGACGCUUUCAAGAAAGUCGGAAACGCUUAUGGGGUGUUGUCAGACCAUCAGAAAAAGGCGGAGUAUGACAUAAAUAUGAACAGACCAGUCGAGAGCGGACGAUCGAGGAGCCACAACGAGUAUGCGCAUUUUGAAACGAGCGCCGAUAUAACACCCGAUGAACUGUUCAAUGUUUUCUUCAACAAUACCUUCGGCGGCGGAACGUUUACCUUUGACAGCCAACGCCGACGGAGACAGGCGUACCAUCGACAACAUUUCCAGACCCAUGAGCAGUCGGACGGGAGUCAGAGCUCAGUGCUGCUGCAGAUGCUCCCGAUCCUUGUCCUCGUCGGGGUGUCGGUUCUGUCUUCGUUUUUUGCGCAGGACCCCCCUUAUUCGAUGCUACGUACCACCAAAUACCCUGUACCAAUGCAGACGACGAGACUGAAUGUUCCCUUCUUUGUCCAAGAGAGUUUCCAUCGAGAUUUCAACAGGCAUGCCAUCAGUCGGAUACAAGAGCAAAUUGAAGCGGAUUACAUAGUGAGCUUACGUCAUAAUUGUAUACGGGAACGACAAAGUAGAGAUUCGCUCCUAUGGCGAGCACGGCACACAGGAAAUCACGAUUGGGAGACCAAAGCCCACAAGCUCGGCGUGCCCAGCUGUGAUCGCCUGAAUGAAAUUCACGGACAAGCCUAAGAAGAAGUGACUCAAAUUUAUUAUCUAGAAAGAAGAAAGACAUUCGAGCCGACGCUCGGAGCUGUGAACACCGAAUCGGAGUCCUCAUUGCGAUCAUUUGAAGGGACAGACUUGCUUGCGAACACAAGAAUGCAUUCCUGUCCUCUUGUCUGAAGAAGUGGAAGCGUGGAGUUCCUGUCGAAGCAUCUUCCGUUUGAACGGUAUCUACUAGGGAAAACGAUGGUGAUUAUUGUUAAGACGAGUGCACUUUUUUUCUGUACGAUUAUAUAAAUGAAGAUUAUUUUAUCCCUGUCUUAGUAAGUACGGUCAGUUUUGUGAUGUAGCUCCAACGGCAUGGUCUUGAUGAUAGAACCGUUGACUCUCGUUUACUCGGAAACAUAACUUCUGUUUUGAGUUGGCGCUCUGCUGAUUCACUUCGAAAAAGCUCUGCACCUACGACCGCUCACCGACCACGAUUCACGAUGAGGACCCGGUGCUUGCCGUCCGGCAGAUGUAAAUGGGAGGCUGCAGCUCUCUUUUUGCUCGGGGGGUUGUUCGAUUUAGUUAUGAUUUGUAAAUAGUUCGGAUUUCUAUCGAGACGAGACUGAGAAGGCUUAGGACUGAACUUGGCGCUGAAAUAAAGGAAUGAAGAUGACGAUGAAAGAU